ACGCUUUCCACGGAAUAUACUUGCUAUGUUGCGCUCUUCUCUCGCAUUCACACGCUCUUUGGCAUACAGAGUACAGACUGUACACACGCCACACGCACUGUGCAGCGGUAUCCCAAGCUUUGAAAGCGUCUCGGAAUCGUCAUGUCUACUCAAGAAAUGAACGAUGAAGUUAACGAUGAAAUUAACGAACAAAACAAGUUGAGUUCGUCAGCGUGCGACAGUCCGCAGCAGCAGGAUGAAGCCGCAAAAGACGAACAGAAUAAUGAUGCAGAACCAGCGACAAGUGACCCGAAACUAACAAGAAAACUAAACGAAGACGAAGAGAGCCCUCCGAGUAAGAUUAAACGGAAGUCUGACACUGAUGAAUCCUCACAGUUUUACAAUCUUCCUUCGGAUUUGUCAACGUCAAGCUCCAGCAGGGAGCCAGAAAAGAAGGAUGACUCUGAAAAGUCUACCGAUCAUGCCAACUUGGUUGCAAAUCAUUAUAACACACUGGAGGAGAAGGGACUCGCUGAGAGGAAUAAAAGUCGUAUAGUUUACAUGAGAAAUUUCAAUAAUUGGGUUAAGAGCAUGCUCAUAAACGAGUAUUUAGAGAAAGUCAGGCAAGGAAAGAGUCAUGGUGAGCCAUUAAGAGUAUUGGAUAUGUGCUGUGGCAAAGGUGGUGACCUGCUAAAAUGGAGAAAGGGUAACAUUAGCUACCUGAUAUGUGCGGACAUUGCAGAAGUAUCUGUGGAGCAAUGUCGAAAUCGUUACAAAGAUAUGGGUGGCAAGAGAUACCCUCCACUCUUUGGUGCAGAAUUCUUGGCAUACGACUGUACUAAGGUUCGUCUACGGGAAAAGUACAAAGAUGCUAGUAUGCAGUUGGACCUUGUUAGUUGUCAGUUUGCUUUUCACUAUAGUUUUGAGACUCUGCCUCAAGCAGAAUGCAUGUUUAAAAAUGCAAGUGAAAGUUUAAGGCCAGGAGGUUAUUUCAUCGGAACAAUACCCAAUGCAUAUGAACUGGUUUCUCGAUGGCAGAAAGCUGAUGGUAAUAAGUUUGGAAAUGAAAUUUACAGUGUUGAAUUUUCAUGUGAUAAAACCAACCCACCAUUAUUUGGGGCAAAGUAUGUUUUUCAUUUAGAAGGUGUAGUUAACUGUCCAGAGUUUCUUGUUCAUUUACCAACUUUUAUAAAGUUAGCUUGGAAGUUUGGCCUAGAAUUGAUAAUGUUUGAACGAUUUGACGAAUUCUAUGAGAGAAGGAAAGAAGAUGGAAAAACUCUUCUUGGUAAAAUGCUGGCAUUAGAGACAUACCCACCCUACCAUGAAGCUCCACUUCUUGCGGAAAAUUCACAAGAAUAUCAGCAUGCAGUGGAAUACAUGCAAACUUCUACAGGACAUAGGAAGAUAGGAACUCUAUCCCAGUCAGAAUGGGAGGCAAUAACGUUGUAUUCCGUGUUUGCUUUUCGAAAAGCAAGAUCUACCUGGAAUGCUGAAGGAAAACCUGAAUUUGUUAAAUCUUGAUCUGUUAAAUGCCUUAACAUAUUUAACAAUUUACUGCUUUAGGCAUUGAUGAAUUUCCAACGAACUCGACUACGAUUUUACUAAUAAUUUUUAAAUUGUACAAAAAAUUAUGUUGUAUCAUAGAAUUGUAUAUUUACAAAUGAAUGACUGUUUGAUUGCUGACAGUCUUUUUUGCUAGUGUUCCGUGUUCACAAUCAAGCUCGAAUCAUGAAUCUGUGUGAUUUUUAGAAGUCUUAUGUUAUUUUUUUAAAUCACUAUUUUUAAUAAUAGUACCAAAUACACAAAUAUUUAUCAAUA